UCAAGGCGGGCUUUGCCGGGGACGAUGCCCCCAGGGCCGUUUUCCCGUCCAUCGUUGGCCGCCCAAGGCACCAGGGCGUUAUGGUUGGUAUGGGACAAAAAGAUUCCUAUGUGGGUGAUGAAGCUCAGAGCAAAAGAGGUAUCCUCACUUUGAAAUAUCCGAUUGAACAUGGCAUCAUCACCAACUGGGAUGAUAUGGAAAAGAUCUGGCACCACACUUUCUACAAUGAACUCCGUGUGGCCCCUGAGGAACACCCUACCUUGCUCACAGAAGCCCCCUUGAAUCCUAAAGCUAAUCGUGAAAAGAUGACCCAGAUAAUGUUUGAGACCUUCAAUGUACCUGCUAUGUAUGUAGCGAUCCAGGCUGUCCUGUCCCUGUAUGCCUCUGGUCGUACAACAGGUAUUGUUCUUGACUCUGGUGAUGGUGUCACCCACAACGUACCCAUUUAUGAAGGUUAUGCUUUGCCUCAUGCUAUCAUGCGUCUGGAUCUGGCUGGCAGGGAUCUGACUGACUACCUCAUGAAGAUCCUCACGGAGCGUGGCUAUUCCUUUGUGACAACAGCUGAACGUGAGAUUGUUCGUGAUAUCAAAGAGAAAUUGUGCUAUGUUGCACUGGACUUUGAGAAUGAAAUGGCCACGGCUGCGUCUUCCUCCUCUCUGGAAAAGAGCUAUGAAUUGCCUGAUGGUCAAGUGAUCACAAUCGGCAACGAACGUUUCCGCUGCCCUGAAACAUUAUUCCAGCCAUCCUUUAUUGGUAUGGAAUCCGCUGGUAUUCACGAAACUACUUACAACAGUAUCAUGAAGUGUGAUAUCGAUAUUCGUAAAGACCUGUAUGCUAACAACGUCCUCUCAGGUGGAACGACAAUGUACCCUGGCAUUGCUGAUCGCAUGCAGAAAGAAAUCACUGCACUUGCUCCUAGCACUAUGAAGAUCAAGAUCAUUGCCCCACCUGAGCGCAAGUACUCUGUCUGGAUCGGUGGCUCCAUUCUAGCAUCUCUGUCCACCUUCCAGCAAAUGUGGAUCAGUAAACAGGAGUAUGAUGAAGCUGGUCCAUCCAUUGUCCACCGCAAGUGCUUCUAAGCACUUUUCCCCUCAACUUACUUCCCACUCAGGAUGACGACAAUAUGCUUCUUGGAGUCUUCUGGCAACCCUUCCUGAACUCUUCAGUCAUUGUACAGUUUGUUUACACACCCGUGCAAUUUAUUUGUGCUUCUAAUAUUUAUUGCUUUAUAAAUAAACAAGAUCUGGGACUUGCAACCUAAAAA